ACCAUCCAUCCAAAAACCUCUCCUUUUUCAGCUUCUUCUGAAGAAAACCUGAAAAAAAUAUUCAGAGAAAGGGAGGAAGAGAGGCAGAAGCAGACAAGGGGGCAGAGCUCCCCUCCCCUCCCCCUCCCAUGGCGGCCGGGUGGGCCCAUCCUGCCGGCCUCGUGGUGUUGCUGGUGGCGCUGGCGGCCGUGGCGCCGGCUGCGCGCGCGGACAAGCCGGCGAGGGGCGGGCUGGCGGCGGUGGCCGUCGGGGAGGAGUCCUCCGCCGUGUUCCCGCUCUACGGCGACGUGUACCCCCACGGAUUGUACUAUGUGGUGAUGAGCAUUGGCAACCCGCCGAGGCCCUACUUCCUGGACGUCGACACCGGCAGCGACCUCACCUGGCUGCAGUGCGACGCCCCCUGCGUCAGCUGCUCCAAGGUUCCACACCCGCUGUACCGACCAACAAAGAACAAGCUGGUCCCUUGUGUGGAUCCGAUGUGCGCCGCCCUGCAUGGUAGCCUGACUGGGAGGCACAGAUGCGACUCACCACAGCAGCAGUGUGACUAUGAGAUUAGGUAUGCUGACCAGGGGUCUUCCCUUGGUGUGGUUGUCAAGGACAGCUUCGUGCUCCGCCUUGCAAACUCCUCCGUUGUCCGUCCUGAUCUUGCAUUCGGGUGUGGGUAUGAUCAGCGGGUUGGGAGCAGCACUGAGGUGUCACCCACUGAUGGUGUCCUUGGGCUUGGGAGUGGCUCAGUCAGCCUGCUGUCACAGCUCAAGGAGCAUGGGGUCACUAAGAACGUGGUCGGCCACUGCCUCAGUACAAGAGGUGGAGGGUUCCUCUUCUUUGGUGAUGACAUUGUGCCUUACUCACGUGCAACCUGGGCUCCUAUGGCUCGUAGUGCAUCCCGGAAUCACUACUCACCUGGCUCGGCAAGCCUUUACUUUGGUGGCCGGUCACUAGGUGUGAGACCAAUGGAAGUAGUCUUUGACAGCGGGAGUUCAUUCACUUACUUUGCUGCACAGCCAUAUCAAGCACUUGUUGCUGCAAUUAAGGACGACUUAAGCAAGAACCUGAAAGAAGUACCUGACCACUCUUUGCCUCUAUGCUGGAAGGGGAAGAAGCCAUUCAAGUCUGUUCUUGAUGUGAAAAAGGAAUUCAAAUCGGUUGUUUUGAGCUUUUCUAAUGGCAAGAAAGCUCUCAUGGAGAUCCCUCCUGAAAACUACCUAAUUGUCACAAAAUAUGGGAAUGCAUGCCUGGGCAUCCUCAAUGGAUCAGAGGUGGGCCUCAAGGAUCUGAACAUUGUUGGAGACAUCACAAUGCAGGAUCAGAUGGUGAUAUAUGACAAUGAGAGAGGGCAGAUUGGAUGGAUCCGUGCACCCUGUGAUAGAAUCCCCAAUGACUACACAAUUCAUGGAUUUGAGGAAGGUUAUUGUUGGCCUCAAUUCCCCAACAUCAUUGGUUAUCAGAAUGAGGAGUCUGCAGUUUGUUACAGUUCGAUUAUAAGAACAAGUGACAAGGGAAAAGGGCAUUAAGAUGAUCGAAGGACUCAACGUCAGAAGGAUCAUCAUCAAAGGGAGGCUCCACACGCAGUUAGGAUAAUGUAUAUUCUUUAGAAAGGAGAAAAUCCAGUUACCUGUAAACAUCAUCAUGUUCAUAUGAAAUAAAAUUAUGAUGUUCCUAUGA